AUGGCUUCCAUCCGCUCGCUCGGUCUCCACGAACCAUCCGCCGUCUCCUUCUUGGUCGCAGAAGGAAUAUUGCCUCCAGACCCCUCAAAAGACCAGUACGAAUGGAUAACAUGUGUCGAUGAGAGCGGGUUAACAGGUCCCGUUGAUGAUGAGCUGGUAUGGACGAAACACUGCGCGGUAUGGUCCCGCGCAGGGAUGGUGAAGAGAGUCUUUCGAAUGGAUCCGGAGAAAGAGGAGAUUCGACAUGCGCUAUUCACGCAGUUCACAGCAAGCCAUGCCCGAAAAUCAGUAGGCAACGCGAGUUUCAAUCAACCUCACACGACCAACAUGGGAACGAACACGCGGGGAGGACAACCGAAACGCCAUGGGAAAGAUUCCACCGCUGGAAACCUAGGCUCAACAUUGGAUCUUCAUGGUGAUUCUCAGAUAGCUGUGGUUUCUCCCCAGCAACCGCAUAAGAAACUAGCAAGAGCCUUGGUCGUGGUCCUGAAGUCGCAGGCCCACAUCUUCUUUGUUACAGGAAAUACCCACACCGUUCCUCUUCCAUUUGAAGUUGAGUCUGUUUUUGCAACUCCCCGUGGACUUGUGUUUCAAAGAAAGAUCCCAGAUGAUGGUGUGGAACGCCAGCAUCAAUCGGCGCCACCUAAUUCAUUUAUGGCCCCUUCACUAUUUGACCCUGGCGCUUCACAAUCUGGAGCUCUGCCUCUUCCUACUAAAGACAAGGGCCCGAUCCUGAAAUUGUCACUGCCAACGAGCUCUACAUCACUGCCCAACUCCAAUUCAAGCGCAGAUCUUCCCCGAGUUUUCUCUCUCAUUGAUCCUCAUUCAGAAAUGGGCCUGGUUGUCACCUCACAGUCCUCUCGCUGGCUACAAAGCAGCGUCAGUAGUGCCAAGAAAAGGCCCUCAGGGCUUGAUGUGCUGGAUCCGGCUGAUGAGAUUGUAUACAUCUCCCCGAAGGAUGAGCUCUCAGGGUUGAAUCAAGUUCCCGCAAACCCAUUGAUUUUGGUGCUCACAAUGAACGCAACUACUGGGCUCUAUACAGUAUGGACUGCCCGGUAUAGGGAUGACGAAUCCAGCGCAUCAAUCAAAGACAAAACCCGACGGCAGACUGAAGGUGCGCGGUCCAACAGACGAAGCUCUCACUUCGGUAUGACACCUGGCGCCGCUACACCAUCUGCGCGGCCAAGGGAAAGUUUCGGUCCAUGGACCGAGAACUGGAAUUCAUCUCAGCCACCUGACACCAAAAAUGGCGGCGAAGAAGAUCUGGCUGCGCGAGUUGCGCAGGAUUUUGGUGAUGUUGGAGUGCCUCUAAAAACUUCCAGGAGAGUCAGCUCUCUGCUUGCACGGACAGAUCUAGCGACUAGUCAGGACCGCAUAACUUUUUCAGACCUUGCAACGGGCAGUCAAACCAGCACCAUGCAUCAUGGCGGGCUUAGGCAAUCCAUAGGAGCUGGUAGCAUGCGUGGAAGCUUUGGAUUCAAUCCUCGCGCAUCACUACCUCCAGCAGCAGGGUCCGUCUACAGCACUGCAGGCAGCUUUGUAGACGCUCCGGUGGAUAGGCUACUUGAGGAACUCAACAAUGAUAUAAUAUCUGAAGGGUUUGAGAAUAUCGCUCUGCGUGAAUCUGCAUCAGGUCUACCCGAAGAGCUCUUACUUACCAAGGUAGAGAGCUUUUCUUCUAGAUUCACAGGGAACUUUCAUGCCUCAAUGCAGCAAGCAUCAUCACAUCACUUGAAGGUUUGCACACUGUCGUCCUCCGACUACGCGAGUAAACAAAACGGAAAUGCCACCUCAGUGGCAGUCUGCAUUGUAGACCAAGACUCACAGAGUAUGACCAUUGUCAACUUGGGAGCAGAGCGUGUGGCAGUAUCCAAAAAUCGAAAAGUGGUGCCUGCGACCUCCAAGAAAGCGAAGCACUCUGAGAGACGUCCGUUGCUGGUUCACGCAACUGGUAUACAACAUAUCCCGAAUGUUGGAGAUGUCUGCAGAGUCACAGACGGUGAGAUCUCGCGAAUCCUCACGCUGACCCUGUCCGACAAUGGACAGCGAGAAUUGUCCCUACAAAGCCUGUGGGGUAGCCCGACCAGAGUCGAAAUUCCGAAACCGCUGCAAUUGUACGAGCCCCAUGGGAUCUCUGCCAACAAAUUUAUGAGUCGCUCGAGAGAGAGUGGCAUGAAUCGAGUCAUGGCAGAUCCUAAUCUCGCUUUUACGAAACUCGAUCAUGCUUGCUCAAAAGGAAAGGUUGAUCUAGUAGAUACAGAGAAUCGGAGGCACAGAAUCCAAAUCCAAAUGGAGCCUCACAAUGAUCUUGUACGAAAGGUUCUCAAGGUGUGCAAAUUUGUUCUUCGUGAUUCGGAAAAGGCAGGGAACGGUUUGUUGGUGGCUUGGUGGGAGGUUAUGAAAUGGCUUCGAGGCAAAGAAGAUAUUGAGAAUGAUCUGGAGUGGACUGCUCUGGUUGUUGUCCUAUUUUCUCUGGCUGUCCCAUUCAUCCAACAACCACAGCCACAAACCCCCGCCAAGCGAACACGUCGCAAAAAGGGCCUUCUCCGGUCGAGCAGCGGGUCCCAUCUGGAUCUCGAAAGCUGGGAAUCUAUGCUUGACCUUGAAUCGGGAUCUUCUGGCGUUGUUGCGCCAUGGAUGACGAAUUGUUCUUGGGGGUGGAUCGUUGAGCAAGAUGCCAUUGCAGACGUGGCCGGCCGAGAUACAUCACGUACCCCCAAAAAUGAACAGUCUAAUGCAAGCCGGUCAACAUAUCGUCAAAAUUCUUAUCUGAGCCGAUGUGUCUCACUAAGCCGCGACUUCCUUCAAAGCCCCCAAGGACUUAGGGCAUCCGGCCGUGAUGGUUACUUACCUAUUUCUGCCGCUUUCCCUGAGAACACCAGGUGCACCGCACUCGGGACCAUACUUGUUGGCCUUCAUCUUCUUCGGGAGGAACAGAAACUUUCGACCACCGACACGGAAGAGUCCCGGCGUCCUCUUGGGCUCCUGGCCCCGGUCUUGGCCCAACUUGGUGGCUGGCUAGGUUGGCAAUCUUGGAAAUGGACUGAGGAUUCCUACUUUGGCACCGAAAUGGCGAGCAUAGAGCGCUGGCAAUUUGAAGAGACUCGAAUCUCUUCGCUGGAUGUUCCUGCUGAACCAUUCCCUCCCCCGUCAAUAUUUGCAUUCCUUCUAGAUGUCGAGCGUCAAUCCUCCGCCCCGUUUGUCACCUUGCUUGAUAUUGUCGCCGCAUCAGAUCGAGUACCUAGAAAGGGACGUUUUUGGCAAGAAUGCUUCAACAUUACUCCUAGGACACUGGCCUUGACUGGCUUCCUUUCUGAUGUCCGCAAUGUUUCAACCCCCUUAGAAAAGAUCAAGCUUCUACAUCGAUGGGGCUUGACAAAAAGCAUAAUUGACACGUUCCCGGAGGGGGUGAGCGCGCCCUUGUAUGAAGCUGUCAUGCAGUGCCAGAUCGAAGCAUCAACAUCAUGGAGCACAAGUCUUCUAGAGCUUAUUGACCGCGAGGACCUUUACAUGUCGAUGAACCCAGUUCAAGCUCAAUCAUUUGCGGCACCCCAGCACCCUGUGGUAUCUCAUGAUGCAUUGCGGGAUUAUCAUUAUAUCAACACCUCUGCUUUAGAGAUUGAUAACAUCAAUGCAUUCGAAGCCUCUGCAGAGGCUGAUCGCUUCUCAGUAACUCGCUUGGUCUUCCGGGAAGACAAGCGCUUCUUAGAAGCAGCCCGGCUUCUAAACCAGUCCAAAGCACCAGUGGCUGACUGUGUUCCAGAGCCCGACUGGACAGAUUCCGAUCUACUCGACGCACAAAAAGAACUUGUGCAGCUCGUCUCGUUUCGCACAUUAUCUACUCCUGCGGGUCGGGCUAUGCUUGCCUUCAGCGGUCGACUACCUCUAUUGACAGAGAAGCUUCCGAUUCCGUCUUUCUCGCUCCAGUGUGUGAUGAAACCAUCCAAUGUCACGGUUAGCGCCGAACGAGCUGCAUUCACUGAGGAAAAAGUAUGCUGGGCUUUCUUCCACAAUGGUGUCUCGACGGGCCUUGCAAUCUCCAAGGCCUCCAAGGGAAUUGAUACUUCUUGGAUCCUGUUCAAUAAGCCCCAGGAGCUCACGAACCGCCAUGCUGGAUUCUUGCUAGCUUUGGGCUUGAAUGGUCAUCUCAAGUCCUUGGCCAAAUGGGUUGCUUUCAAGUACCUGACUCCCAAACAUACCAUGACAUCCAUUGGACUCUUGCUCGGUCUUUCUGCAUCAUACAUGGGCACUAUGGACACACUAAUCACUCGAUUGCUGUCUGUGCAUGUUACAAGAAUGUUGCCUAUGGGAGCGGCAGAGCUCAACCUAUCGCCUCUCACCCAAACUGCUGGCAUCAUGGGCAUUGGUUUGCUCUAUUGCGGCUCUCAACACCGUCGCAUGAGUGAGGUCAUGCUUUCAGAAAUCGAGAAUGUUGAGCAGGACGAACAGGCCGCAUCCCAAGAAGACCUGCGGGAUGAAGGCUACCGUCUGGCCGCUGGGUUUGCGCUAGGUCUCAUUAACCUAGGCAAGGGUAAAGACUUGAGGGGAAUGCGCGACAUGCACAUUGUUGAGCGUCUGCUCGCAAUCGCCGUUGGUACUAAAAACGUUGACCUUGCACAUGUGCUGGAUCGCGCUACCGCGGGCGCGACAGUUGCACUAGCUGUCAUUUUCAUGAAAACCAAUGAUGCAGUUUUGGCCAAGAAGAUUGACAUCCCGGACACCACUGUACGGUUUGACUAUGUCCGACCGGAUCUCUUCCUCCUAAGGACACUGGCACGGCAUCUCAUCAUGUGGGAUAGCAUCAAACCCAGUGCCGAUUGGAUCAAGACAAGCCUUCCAAAGGUAUACCAGAAAAGAUCUCGUCUCCUAACUGUGGGUCAUCUUCGUAGUGAAGAUAUGCCUUUCUUCAACAUCAUCGCCGGUCUGUGCUUAGCCCUCGGCCUUCGCUAUGCUGGCUCCGGGGACACCCAAGCAAGAGAUCUAUUGCUUUAUUACCUGGAUCAAUUCAUCCGAAUCUCGCGACUCCCGGCGAUAAGCUAUGACUCUAAGCUUGCGCGUAAUUCCGUUCGGAACUGCCAGGAUGUCGUAUCACUAUCUACGGCAGCCGUCAUGGCCGGUACGGGUGACUUGGCUUUGUUCCGGCGCCUGCGCUCUCUUCAUGGCAGGAUAGAUGCCGAUACCCCAUACGGCAGUCAUAUGGCCGCUCAUAUGGCAAUAGGCACGUUGUUCUUAGGUGGAGGUAGUUACACUCUUGGCACCUCUGACCUAGCCGUGGCAACGCUUCUUUGCUCCUUCUAUCCGAUCUUCCCAACUACUGUGCUUGAUAACAAGUGUCAUCUCCAAGCCUUCCGCCAUCUCUGGGUCCUCGCUGCAGAGCCACGAUGCCUCAUUCCUCGCGAUCUCGAUACUCGACGCCCGAUCCCCAUUCCCAUCACCAUCACAUCUCGCUCUGGUUCCAUCAAAACCACCAACGCCCCCUGUAUCAUACCGGACCCCAGUGGGAUUACACGUAUCGAGAUUCGCGGCCCGGAUCACUGGCCCCUUGUUCUUGAUUUCAGUCAAGACGAUGCUCUUCGAGACAAAUUCCGGCACGGUGACCCGUCAAUCUACCUUCGCCGCAAAGCUACAUACAGCCCCUCCGACGCUUCGACCUCGGUAUUUGCAUCUACUCUCACCGGGUUAAGUGAAGCCCAAGACAUCUUACCUGGAUCUUCGGUUGCAGCCUCCUCCGGUGCCGGCAAGGGCCUACCGCCAUCUGUCUUGGGCAAUCGCAAUGCGCUACUCUCUGGCUUCAUGUCAGGGACCACGACAGCCUCACAAAGCCCAUGGGACUGGAUUUUCCAGCUUCCAUCUCUCCAGGGUCUUGACAUCCGUGAACGCUCUCUCGUUCUUCCUUCCUCGUUCCCAACGCCUUCUCCUCGUAUCUCUACCAAGAUCGUUACCUCGCCACCUUGGCUCCGCACUUCUGCCGUUGAUGCCCGUCUGGCCUUGUCACACACUGUGCGCAAUAUUGUACAGUCUUCUCGUGGCCGAGGUGCAGACUCCGAUGAAAUUCGUGACCGUAUCUGGCAGCUUCAACUUCUAUUCGACUGGCUUGAUCGUUCACAAAGUGACGAGCAAGAUACCGUUCCUGGUCACUUGCAAUCGCAGUUCCAAACACCAGCAUCGGGUUUGUGGCUAAGAAGAGACUUUAUUGAGGAGGCUAGAUGGCAGGUCUGGGGAGUUCAGGUUGGGGAUCAGGGUGUGAGUACUGGUGGGUCAUCAUGA